CCUUUCCUCCAGAGGUGCAGCGGAACCUCCCCCCUCCCCCGCCGCUACGUAUGAGCCGUCACGGUGCAGACAGAGGUUGGAAACAUGGCGGCGGAUGGGAUGGUGCUCACCAACCACGACCAUCAGACCCGAGUGGGAAUCCUGACUGUCAGUGACAGCUGCUUCAAGAACCUGGCAGAAGACAGGAGUGGAGUGAACCUGAAGGACCUGGUCCACGACCCGUCACUGCUGGGAGGAGUCAUCGCAGCCUACAAAAUAGUUCCAGAUGAGAUCGAGGAAAUCAAGGAAACUCUUCUGGAGUGGUGUGAUGAGCAGGAGCUGAAUCUCAUUCUGACCACCGGAGGAACUGGUUUUGCACCACGAGAUGUUACACCAGAGGCGACCAGGGAGGUGAUCGAGCGAGAGGCCCCAGGGAUGGCUCUGGCCAUGCUGAUGGGAUCCCUGAACGUUACUCCUCUGGGAAUGCUCUCCAGGCCAGUUUGUGGUAUUCGUGGUAAAACGCUGAUCAUCAACCUUCCAGGCAGCAAGAAAGGCUCCCAGGAGUGUUUCCAGUUCAUCCUCCCGGCUCUGCCUCAUGCCAUCGACCUGCUGCGCGAAGCCGCCGUUCGCGUUAAAUCCACGCACGCCGCCCUGGAGCCGAUGCCCUCCCUGCUGACCAAUACGCACGCCAAUACGCACACCAUGGAGCGCGGCACCCAGUGCGAGGAAGAGGACGAAGACGAAGAGGACAGGAGGAGAGGACGGCACAACCACCACCAGCACCACCAGCACGGCUCGUCCCACAUCACUGUGGCCGCCAUCGCCGCAAAGACGAGUCAUGUGGCGGUCAUGGCUAAGGGCGCCCCCUACCUACCUGGAAACACACCUGCCCCUCCCUCUCAUUUCACCUGUUCCCGUCAGAUCCCAGACUCGAUCAUUUCCCGAGGCGUUCAGGUGCUUCCUCGAGACUCAGCGUCCUUAAGCUCCACCCCAUCUGAGUCGCCGCGGGCGACGCAGGCGACGUCCCGCCUGUCCACCGCCUCCUGCCCGACGCCCAAGGUCCAGUCCCGAUGCGGCAGCAACGAGAACAUCCUGAGAGCCAGCCACAGCGCCGUGGACAUCAGCAAGGUGGCGCGGCGCCACCGCAUGUCGCCGUUCCCGCUGACCUCCAUGGACAAGGCCUUCAUCACGGUGCUGGAGAUGACGCCCAUCCUGGGCAUCGAGGUCAUCAACUACAGAGACGGUUUGGGCCGGGUUCUCGCUCAGGACAUCUACGCCAAAGACAACCUGCCUCCGUUCCCGGCCUCGGUGAAGGACGGCUACGCCGUGCGGGCCGCUGACGGACCUGGAGACCGUUUCAUCUUGGGGGAGUCGCAGGCCGGACAGCAGCCCACCCACACCGUGAUGCCGGGUCAGGUGAUGAGGGUGACGACCGGCGCUCCGAUCCCGUGUGGCGCCGACGCCGUGGUCCAGGUUGAGGACACGGAGCUGCUGAGGGAGUCGGAGGACGGCACAGAGGAGCUGGAGGUGAGGAUCAUGGUCCAGGCCCGGCCCGGACAGGACAUCAGGCCGAUCGGCCAUGACAUCAGGAGGGGGGAGUGUGUUCUGGCCAAAGGGACCCAUAUGGGCCCCUCAGAGAUCGGCUUGCUAGCCACCGUGGGGGUCACCGAGGUCAGCGUGCACAAGUUCCCCGUGGUGGCCGUCAUGUCCACCGGAAACGAGCUGCUGAACCCAGAGGACGACCUCCACCCCGGGAAGAUCCGGGACUCGAACCGCUCCACCCUGCUGGCCACCAUCCAGGAGCACGGCUACCCCACCAUCAACCUGGGCAUCGUCGGAGACAACCCUGACGACCUGCUGUCGGCGCUGCACGAGGGGAUCAGCCGUGCUGACGUCAUCAUCACCUCAGGGGGCGUGUCCAUGGGGGAGAAGGAUUACCUGAAGCAGGUGCUGGACAUCGACCUGCACGCUCAGAUCCACUUCGGACGCGUCUUCAUGAAGCCGGGUCUGCCCACCACCUUUGCCACCGUCGACAUCGAUGGAACCAGGAAGCUCAUCUUUGCGCUGCCAGGUAACCCGGUGUCGGCGGUGGUCACCUGCAACCUGUUUGUGAUCCCGGCUCUGAGGAAGAUGCAGGGCGUUCUGGACCCCCGGCCCACCAUCAUCAAAGCUCGGCUGUCCUGUGAUGUGAAGCUGGACCCCCGACCUGAAUACCACCGCUGCAUCCUGACCUGGCACCACCAGGAGCCGCUGCCCUGGGCCCAGAGCACAGGGAACCAGGUGUCCAGCCGCCUCAUGUCCAUGCGGAGCGCCAACGGGCUGCUGAUGCUGCCGCCCAAGACCGAGCAGUACGUGGAACUGCACAAGGGCGAGGUGGUGGACGUCAUGGUGAUCGGCCGGCUAUGAUGCAGACCUUCGCGUCACCUGCUACCGAUCACCGUGGCAACGCCAGGAGACGUCUCACCCGGACAGGAAGGGCGGGGUUGGUGGGGCAGGAAGUGAUGCAUGUCUAUCUGGUGGCCAUUAGCUGUGAUGUCAUAUGCAACAGCCAAUCGGAGCCAGUGCAGGCUGAAUCCUCUCUGAGGAGCUCGCUGUACUUCAACAGAGAAAAAAAUGUGAAAAAAUAUAUAAAAGAAGAUUUAUUCUGUAAUAUUAUUAUCCUAAUAACAAUUAAUAUUCUUAAUUAAUAUUCUAUUUAUUAUUAUUGCCAUGGUUCUGGUUGAAUAUUCUCACCUCAGUAGUCUUCAUCUCUUCAUUUGCUUUGUGCGUUUUACCUGGCAGGUAAACUCUAGAGACUCCUCCUCUUCUUCCUCCUUCUCUUCUGUUUCUGAUCCCUCCUUCAUCGCUCGGCUCCUUCAUCACAUAGAAACCAUUGUCCAUGAUGAAGAUGAUGAUGAUGAUGAGUGGGAACCGUCCACUUCCUGCUGGAGCUCCACAGUUUGCCACAAAAUAAAAACAUCAAGACUGAUGUUCAGAAACACCAAGCAGUGGAAGCCAUGAGCAGAGCAGAACCGGCCCGGAAUCGGAGCCCGGGUUCCUGGCCCGGGUCGGGCCGUUGUCAGAACCGGCCUGUUGGAGCAGCAGCUGCUCUCCGUCAAACAUCUGCCUAGAGCUUGAUGCCACAGGAAACGCCACGUAUGGAAGAAUAUAGAGGCAAAAAAAGCAGGAAUAAUAAUCGAUGAAGAGAAAUAAAAGAAACCCAUAUUUUUUAUUUUAUUGCUUUCUGUCCAUUUGUCAAAAUUUAUUUAUCUAAUGUGUCUAACUUAUUUACCGAUCCUUAACUGCUUCUGCUCAUUAUUUAUGAUGAUAAUAUUUAAAAACUUAAAUUCUGUUUAAAAAGAAGGAAAUCUAAAAUGGCUUCAGUUUUUGCAUGACUUCUCCUCUACCUGAUUUCUCUCUUUACUUUUCCUGCCUGAUCUUUUGGUCAUUUUUACAGAAGUGGAGUUUUCUGUGGCACCACCGGCUCUCCGUACACGCCUAGCUUCAGUUCAGGCUAGUCAGCAGCUUCCAAACAUCCAAAACAUCGGUUAAAUCCAGAAAACGGGAAAGCUUUUCAUUGUGACGUUUUAUGGUUGCUGUCCAGGCUACCAGCAACCCAACAGAACCGUAGAACUCCGCUGCUCCGGUUCAGGACUACACUGUGUGUUUCUACCUGAUGGUGCUUCGUCUAGAAAAACGAGUCAGAACCUUUUUAAGAUUUGAAGAAACUCUCUGACUGCAUCCUUCACAGUAAUCUGAAAAAUUAAAUGUAAUUUUAUUAAGUUUGAAUUUCGACACUUCAGGUUUUCCAUACAGAAAUAAUGGAAAUAAAACAGAAAAAUGCCCAAAACGUUAGAAAACCUAACUUAUUUAAAGACCAAGAACAAAGAAUGAUAUUUUUUUUCUUGAUUUUGACAUUUUUUCUUCUUUAUAUUUUAUUAUAAAUAUCUUAUUUUUUUUUUUUAAAUAAGUAGUCCUGAACUUAUUAGCAAAUUCAACAAUUCAAAAAAUUCUCACUAAAAUAUUGAGAUAAUUUAAGCAUCUUUUUUUUGCUUCAAAUUUCAUGAUAAUUUUAUUUUUGUGGCAUCUCAGGUGUUCCAUACGGAGCUCUGGAGAGUUUGAUACGGACUAAAAUCAUUUCCAGAUUAGAUGCAGAUAAACAUUAAAAUCCCAACAUUUACUAAACCUUCCUCUUCCUCUCACUCUUCCCCUCAGUGCCAAACCCGGUCAAAGGUCAGCUGCUCUGCGCUGCAUUCAGGUUCCUGAACUACUGUAAUUUUUUCCAUAUUAUUUUUCUUUCCAUCGUUUUUCGUGGUUUUGCUGAAAUGUUCUGAUAGAUCCUGAGGAUCUUUUGCCCUGCAGAGUGUCUGACCUUUGACCCCUCCCUCUCAUCAUGGACCCUGCAUGCCGUACGGAGGGGCGAUUCUUUCUAGAUGGGCAGGUGCGGUUCCAGGUCCGGUGCAGCACCUGGGCAAUUCUCCCCAUCAUUUCUGAUUCAGAAACUUCCCAGUUACCUCAAAUGCACCGCAGUGAUUUCUGCUGCUCGUGCUGCGUUCAAGUCACAGCAGACCGGAGGACGCCUCAUUAAUUCUGGGAAGGAUAUUUAAAUUAAAUGUCAAUAAAAACGAAACACUUUCACUUUAGUUUUCCCACAUUGGGCAGCUCAUGGGUGUGGAAAUUCCAUGGUGACUUGAACGCAGCAUCGGGGCCGCCUGGCGUCUGCCUGAGAGGACCAAUCAGGAAGCAGCAGCAGCGGUUGUUGUGAAACUGCCUUUGUACCGAGAGAUUGGAAACACUGGAGUCAGUGUCUGCACACGAUCAACAUGACCAGCACUUCCUGAAGCAAUGACAGCAUUCUACUGUAAAAUACUACAGGAUGAUUUUCUGUAACAUUACUGAAACUGAAUUAAAGAUAAUCCUGAUUAUUCUCUA